AUGGUGGCCACAGGGACGGUCCCCGGGCAGGUGAUGGGUGCUGGGUUGGGGUGGCCACGGGGAUGGGGUGGUGGCACCGGUGGCACCCGGGGGCUGUCGGAGGGUGGGGGCCCCAGGAGGGCCCCAGGGUCCCCGCGGGAGCAGCCCCGCGGCGGGGGCUGGAGCAGGGGGUGCGCCCAGCCGGCCAUGAGCAGGGCUGGGUGCACCCGGUGCCACUCGUCCUCUUGGCUUCUCGUCCCACCUCUACUGCCCUUCCCCUUCCCCGUGCCUUUCUUCUCCUCCUCCUUUCCUUGCCCUUCCUUUUCUUGUCCUUCUCCUCCUUGCCUUUCCCUUCCUCCUCCCCUCCUGCUCCUCCUUUCUUUGCUUUUCUCCUUUCCUUGUCCUUGUCCUUUUCUCCUUCUUUCCCUUCCUCUUCUCCUUGUCCUCCUCCUCCUUCCCUUGCUCUUCUUUUCCAUCUUUUUCCUUCUACUUUCCCUUCCUCUCCUUCUCUUCCUUCUCCCUUGCCCUUUUUCUUCUUUCCCUUCCUCUUCUUGCCCUUCUCCCUCUUUCCUUGCUCUUCUCUUCCUGCUCCUUCUCCCUUUUCCUCCUCCUCCUUUCCUUUCCCUUCCCCUUCUUCUUUCCCUGCCCUUCUUCCCUUCCUCCUCCUCCUCCUCUCCCCCCACGGACACCACCCGGGGACCAGCAGCUUACCUUACCACCCUGACCCCCCCCCAUCCCGGGGGUCCCCCCCAUGUGUGCGUAUUUAAGGCCCCCCCGCGCGCUCCCAGAGCCAGUAAAGCCCGAACCGAGCUGAGCCCAACGCCUCCGCUGUCGUCUGUCCGGGGGGGUGGCAGAGUCGUGGACCCCCCCCCCCUCCCCCCCCCAAAAAAAAAAACCACGUCCCCGCCGUGCACCCACCCCAGGGUGCCGUUACCUGGGGCACGGUGAGGGCAGGGCACUGCG